AUGAGGUCACAGGCGCUGUCAUUGUAUCGUCGCAUGCUGCGCGAAGCGCAGGGGUUUGUCUCCUACAACGUCAGGUCAUAUGCAGUCCGGCGAGUCCGUGAAGGCUUCAGACAAGCAAAGGGCGAGGCAGACCCAGCCGUGCUGGAGAACAUGUUUUCCAAGGCAAAGGAAGAUCUGGAGAUGUUGAAGCGACAGAGGGUGGUGUACCAGUUGUACGCGCACCCAAGUGGUAGCAUGCUCGGCUGA